AUGCUUGACCUGACCCGAGAUUUGGAGCAAUUACGCGUUCACAACUCAGAGCUGAAAAAGGUCAAAGCAUACGAGCGACGAUCCUUCUACGAGAAGCUUGACAGAGCAGACAGCGAACUGGAAGCUCAGCACAAUGCAGCACUCGACAAGGUCGCCGCUCGCCAUGAGCAAGUCUUGGAGGAAGCCGAAGAGACACUGAAAGCCCACCAACGCGCGGUGGAGGAAGAGCACCGUCGCAAGCUGGAAGAAGCCCGCAAAGAGGCGGAACGGAUAGAACGCGAGAAGGCUGAAAAAUUGCGGAGGGAUCAGGAACUCGCAAAGAUGAAAGCGGAACGUGAGGCCGCGUUGAAAGCUGCAGAAGAGGCGAAACGCAAGGCGGCCGCGGAGAUCGAAAUGCAGAAACGGUUGGAGCGGGAGGAAAAGGAGCGCAAGGAGAAGGAACAAGCGGAAGAGGAAAAAAAGAAGCGUGAGGCAGAAGCCCUGAAGGUCGAACAGGAAGCUGCACGGUUGAAGGAAGAAGAGGCGGCUCAGAAGCAGCUCGCAGCGCGUCAGAAACAACUCGGUGGUGCCCGGCUGUCGGAAGAAGAAAUUAAAACUCACCAACGCUUUGUCGAACUGCAUCAGCACCUGAAGAAGUUCCGCCAGUUUCUUCGAGAUCAAGGCAAAGCAAACCCUACCAUCAAACAAAACAUGGGAGACCUGCGCCGCUCGAUCAAGAAAUGCGUUGGCCAACUACGUGAAGGAAAGGGCGUAAACAAAACUCAGACCCAAGAAAUCCGCGCCAAUCUCGAAAAGGCCGCCUCAAUAGCCGAACCCUCCGUCGACGUCCGCCAAUUCAUUGCCUUCCCACCCGAAAACAUCGCCAACUCCGAUGACAACAAAGUCCCGGCCCUCCUAAUCUACGGCCUCAACAUUCUCGCGAAGUCCCUAAUCUCCUCCCUCAUAACAGAAGCCUCUAUCAAUCAAGGCCACGCUGAACCAAUCGGCAUCAUCGCCGCCCAAAUCUUCUCCAUGGACGCCUUCGUCUACAAGGGCGUGCACAUGGUUGACAUCCUCUGGGCCAAAUAUCACGUUGUAUGCCCCGCGCUCUGGGGCUUUUACGGGAACGAAAAGACCGAAUCCGGUAGAAAAGCGUUGGGAUGGUGGCGCGAUGGUGGUGCCGAUGGGCCCUUCGUCAGCGAACAAACGCACUUAGACCGCAUGACUGCACUGGGUGCUGGAUUUGCUGCGUUGACAUUGCGGAACUUCGGCAAGACUGCGCGCAAAAACCCAUUCCCCAAUACGCUUUACUGGUCCGCUAUGCAUAAGAUCCUUAAUAUCCCUGUUGCGGAUAUGCAGGAAACUCAUAUUACGCUGCUUUCUGCUAUGCUGCGGUCUUCGGCUGAGAGGAUCGUCGGCUUCUUUGGACAUAUUGGGUUGGCGUUGAUGAGGAAGGCGAUUGUUGAAUUGCCGGCCCAAAUGCCGCGUCAGAGCAUGGGAGUUAACCAGCUGAAACUCCUGAAGGAUCUCUACCAGCGCGAGAAGCAUAUUGUUAUAUGA